AUGGCUGGAAGUCGACUUGAAAAAUUCGGAACAGUGUUCACGCGGUAGCCAGUUUAAUUUCUGUCAUUCAAGGUUACUGGAGGAUACUAUCUAGUUUUCUAGACCCUUUAGAGUUUGCUAGCUAACUAAGUUUAGCUAGAUACAAUUUUAUUUGAUGGUUGAGUGUCUUUUCAGCCAAUGCUAUCAAGGCUAUGGUUCCGCAUAAUAGAAAUGAAUGCUAACGUUAUCUAGAUAGCGCUUUGCAUGUGAAAUUGAGAAUGCAUGGGAUGCAUUUGCUCCAUUGUUUACAUUUUUGCUGGUGGCUCACUGGUUUCAUUUUCAUUUUCAGAGAUCUUAUGCGUUCUGGAGUUGUCAAACAGUCUGACAAGCCCAUUUGGUAUGAUGUAUACAAGACCUUUCCACCCAAGAAAGACACACUUUAUGUCAGACAGUGGCCAAGAUCUAUGGGAAGAAAGAAGAUGCUGUGCCUGACAUCUUCUACAGAGAGGAUGAAAUCAGAGCGUAAGCUAAUGAAACGGUUUGCCUUAAAGUUUUUACUGCCAUUCAAAAGCUGUUAG